GGCCGGCCGCCGGAGCCGACCCUCCCCGCUGAACUCCUCCCGGAGAGUUUGCGGGAGUGAGUUGGGGACGUUUCGGGGAGUUUGCGUGGACUCUCCGCGUCCCGGGGUUGGUGGUGGACCGUUAUACCUGGCUGGCUCCUCCGCCUAGCGGUGCAUGGGGGCCGCCCGGAGGAGUGAACCGUUAUCCGCCCGCUAUAAUAACCCGAGGAGCGCGUCCCCCUUCUCCUCCGCGGUUCUUCUUCAACACUUUUUCUCUCCAUCUUUGUUUCCCCACUUUUCUGCCACUUUCCCACGCAGAGCAACUCUUGGCGGCAGGUUGCGGGGCUUUCUCAUAACAACGUGGCCCGUUCAGCGCAGUUUGUAGUUCUUUUAAGUGGAUGAAUUUUUUUUUUUUUCAGGGCGAGGUUUUUUUUUGUUGCGGGAUUAGUUUUCCCCACUCGGCCCCGGAUGCCUCAGCUUCUCUCUCCCGGUCAGAAUAAUGUAACUUUAGCUGCCCGUGCUCCGCACCGGACGGGGGAACGGGCUGUGGCCGCUUAUCGCAGUGGAUUUGCUGCGUUGGGGGGGUUUGGUUUUAAUGUGGGUGCACCGCUGCUCCGGUGAUGGUCUAAAAGAGAUGGGAUGUUUGUUUUAUCUCCACUUCACCCCUCCCUGCUGCGACUGCCACACCACAUGUUCCCUUUAGUGAAGGUAAGAGUGUUGCUCCUCGGAAAGAACCGUUAUUUUCCACCUUUUGUGCGCGUUUCCUUAUCAUCUGCACCAGUUUGGCUCCUUAAAUGCAGCGUUUUCUGCUCGAUUCCCAUGCAAACUGCGCACAGUGCACAUGUUCGAGGGGCUGCUUGUUGCACAUGUGUGAAAUGCUGCAAACGAAGGAUGUUUUUGGCAUCGCUGCGGAGGCUACAAGGAGAUUUAUGGCUUCUGUUAUCUCGCUCGGUGUUUGUUUUGUCGCGUUAAAUGUGUUAUAAUCCUCUAAUAAGGAGUUUAUCUUCGUGAUUCCAUUAGAAACAUGUCAGAGGUGGUGCGUGUGGGCUGAGGCUACAUGUGUUAUAGAUACAGAUUAUACGAAUAAUACUUGGUUGGUGCAAUAACUUUUAAUUAGGACAAUGUAUUUUCACGUUUGCACCAGUUUGGCUUCGUAAUUUCUUCGUAUUGUCUUUCUCAUCGUGUUUCUUUCCUCUUGAACAUCAUCUAAAUCGCUUUUAUUGCAAAUGUUCGUCUUCUGCUCUGUGCUUCUGUAAAAUCGGGUUUGAAAUGUUGUUGGUUUUUUUUGGGGGGGGGGUCAUUACGAGGAGACACGUGGGCUGGCAUUUCUCUGCUAUCUUGCUCGCUGUUUGUUUGUUUUGUCGUGUUAAAUAUGUGAUAAUCCUCUGAUACGUGGAGUUUAUCUUCAUGAUGCCUUUACAAACAUGAUGUUUGAGUAAAGGUGCGUGUGGGCUGAGACUCAUCCUGGGUCCAUUUGUUAUAGAUAAAGAUUAUAAGAAUAUAACUUGGUCGGUGCAAUAACUUUAAACUAUAGGACAAACCCUCUGGAGGAUGCGUUUUUCCACGUUUGCACCAGUUUAGCUUCGUAAAUCCUGUAUUUUUCCCCGUCUCAUCGUGGUUCUCCCUCUUGACCAUCGUGCAAACUGCGCACCGUGCACAUGUUCGACUGCUGCUCCGUGCACGUGUGAAAUCGGGUGGGAUGUGUUGUCUUUUUGGGGGGGCUUCAUCAUGCUACUUGGUGGUGGUUUGUUUCCCUGGUGCUUUGGGUGUAAUAACCCUUUAACAACGGGAGCUCAUCUCCAUCACACCUCUAUAAACACGGUCCUGUAACAGCUGCACGUGGUCCGGGUCUAUUUUGAAUAUGGAAAAAUAUAACUUUAAACGCAGGGUCGGUGCAGUAACUUUAAAUUUAGCCGAAGCUUUGCAGGGAGAGUCCCCCAUUGGACGCGUUCUUACCUGUGCCCCCUCGUACGUGGCAUCAGCCUAUUAAAAACCAGUAAAUCUGCACAGAUCUACCGCGAUGAGGUGUAUUGCUUGAGCCGAGGGGCUGGAAAGCACCUUACCCCCCCCUUCUCUCUCCUCCUGCUGAUGACGACACGACGGUGACUCUGUGCGUCCGUGCAGGAGCCAUCAUCAUCAUCAUCAUCAUCCUCCUCCUCACCGCCACCAUCAUCAUCCUCAUCAUCAUCAUGUUUACCUGCACGCACGGAUAACGGGAGGGGGGGCUGACAAAUGGCCUGGACAUAAAAAAAAGAAAAGAAACGCAUAAUAACACCUGCGGCUCUCGACCGUGACCGGAACCGCAUCCGCCUCCCGAAGCCUCGGUGUCUGCGGAGGAGCAGAGACGCAGCCGCUCCAGAUGUCAACUUGUGCAGUGACAGACUUCAACAAUGGCUUGGAGGCCAGUUCGGACUCGGACGACGAGGACAAGCUACACAUUGUGGAGGAGGACAGCCUGCAGGAGCCUGAGGUCGCCGCCCCCGCCGCCGCCGCCGCCGAGGGGACUACGCCACAGGACAGCCAUGACGCCGCCGCAACAGUAUUACCCCACAACGGCUCCUGGAAUGGAGUGAAGGAGGAGUAUGUGUCCGAGGAGGAGGAAGAGGAGGCAGCGAAGGAUGCACUAGUGGAGGAGAUUCUCCAGCAGGGAGACACAGCCAUCAUCUACCCUGAAGCCCCUGACGACGAGCAGAGUCCGGUGGAGACAGGAGGCGCCGAUGAAAACGGAACCCCAGACUCCUUCUCCCAGUUGCACACUUGCCCCUACUGCUCCCGGGGCUACAAGCGCAACGCCUCGCUGAAGGAGCACAUCAAGUAUCGCCACGAGACCAGCGAGGACAACUACAGCUGCUCCCACUGCAGCUACACCUUCACCUACCGCUCGCAGCUGGAGAGGCACAUGAGCCACCACCGAGGCUCCAGGGAUCAGCGUCACGUUUCCCAGUCGACAGGAGGAACAGGUGGAACCCGCAAGUUCAAGUGCACCGAAUGUUCCAAGGCCUUCAAAUACAAGCACCACCUGAAGGAGCAUCUGCGCAUUCACAGCGGUGAGAAACCCUAUGAAUGCUCAAACUGCAAGAAGCGCUUCUCCCACUCAGGCUCCUACAGCUCCCACAUCAGCAGUAAGAAGUGUGUGGGUGCUGCACCCCCCAAUGGCGUCACCCGGACGUCGAUCAAACCCCCCCCACCCACCGCCCAGACCACACCUGUCGUAAUCGCCCCGGCCCGCAUCAUCCUUAAAGAGAAGACUGAGAGUAAACCCCUCCAGGAGCAGCUCCCCAUCACCCAGAUCAAGUCUGAACCAGUGGAAUACGCGUGCAAGCCCGUGAUGGCGGCGCCGGCGACUUCCGCUGGUACCAACGGCGUGGUGAACGGAGGGAUCUCUGCGACGGCCGCGGCCCCAGCUACAACCAUUCCUCAGGGUCUGGCUAUGGUCGUGCCAACUGUGGGCCUGAUGUCGCCCAUCAGCAUCAACCUGAGCGAUUUGCAGAACGUGCUCAAGGUUGCGCUGGACGGAAACGUGCUCAGGCAGGUGCUGGGCACGGCAAACGGGGUGGUGACGCAGGGGAAGCAGGGAAUUGUACUCCAGCAGUCACAGCAGCAGAUCAUCAGCCUGCCGGCGUUUGUGGAUCACGACGGCAACACGAAGAUCAUCAUAAACUACAGCAUCAGCCCUGCAGUCGGCGCCACUGCCACUACCCAACCGUUUGUAAUCAAAAACAAUCCCCCUCUCACUGUGACUAGCAUUGCUGCGGCCCCUUCCCCCUCCAUCACCGACAAAGCCUCCACCCCGGAGGCGGCUGAUCUCUCAAUCGUCAAGACGGAGCCAGAGGAUUCAGUGCCCGUCUCAGACGAGGCGGCCUCACGGACAGAAAUGGACAAUUUUGAAACUUCAGACUUUGCUCAGUUGCCAAAAGCCAACAGCACCAGUACAUGUUUACUAUGUGAGGACUGUCCUGACAACCUGGAGGCGCUGCACCUCCUCCAGCAUCGCAAGGCAGCCAACGGGGAGGCAGUCGACUCUGCCGCCCUGGACCCCUCGUUUGCUGCUUUGCUCAACGAGGCAGGGGUGACGCUGGAGGAGCCGCCCGUGGAAGACAUCGUCUCACUCCUCAAGACCUACUUCGCCUCAAACGCCAACCCCAACGUCAAAGAGCUGACAAAGAUCUCAGAGGAUGUAGAUAUUCCCCUGGAUGUGGUCAGGAAGUGGUUUGCCAAAAUGAAAAAAUUGGGCAAAAGCUGCAGUAACACUAGAGCAGCGGUUUCCAAAAGGACUCGGACCAGAAGCUCCCUCUCAGCAGACACUAUGAACCAGAAUGGAGAGGGAGAAGAGGACGACAAGGCCCAGACACAUUCUAGAAGCACUUCUCCUUCAGACUCCACAUUACAAAGCCUCAACAACGGGGGCCUGGUCAUCGUUAAAAGCGAGCCAGAAGACCCCGAUUACCCGGACUCUCAGGCACAGCCCCUGGACCUGUCGCUUCCCAAACACGUCGCGGCAGCAGGGAAAAUCACAAUCAUCAAGCCUCCGGCGAAACAGCAGGAGCAGCCCCUGAACCUGACCUGCCUGAGGAAGGAGCAGCUCGCCGGCCGAACCAUCUACGUCACCACGGCUCAGGGCGGAAACCCGGUGAACAUCGUCUCUGCCGCACAGCUGCCCACGUUGGUGGCCAUUGCUGGUCAGAGCACGGUUCGUUGCAUCAGUGCCAUCAACACAACGACGAAGAGAACCAUCCUCAUCCCCCAGCUCACCUACACCUACGCCACUACGCCCGGCAACGCCUCCGGAGCAAAGACCGUCGUGCUCAACGGCCACAUGGAGGAGAAACGUUUUGACAGCAGCUCAGACGGCUUGUCCACGGUGGAGGAGCCGAACGACUUGGAGUCAGCGGCGAAGAAGCGGCGGCUGGAGAACGGCGUCUACCCCUGUGAUCUCUGCUCCAAGGUCUUCCAGAAGGGCAGCUCCCUGCUCAGGCACAAGUACGAACACACAGGAAAACGGCCUCAUGAGUGCACCAUCUGCAAGAAGGCCUUCAAACACAAGCACCACCUGAUCGAACACACGAGGCUGCACUCGGGGGAGAAACCCUACCAGUGUGACAAGUGCGGCAAGCGUUUCUCCCACUCCGGCUCCUACUCCCAGCACAUGAACCACCGCUACUCCUACUGCAAGAAGGACGGGCCGACCCCCGGCUCUGAUUCGAUGCUGGGCAAGGGCCACUCGGAGCUCGGCAGCCCCGGCACUGGGCCGCAAUCGGACAGCCGGACCACGACCCCGCCCUCCCAACUGGACUCAGAUGAGAGGGAGAGCGAGGAGGACGACGACGAAGACGACGAGGCCAUGUGCAUGGACGACAUCAGGGUCGUGCAGGUGGACGACGGCGAGUGCGAGAUCUACGAGGGUAACUUCGAUGAUGAUGACGAGGAGGACGGGGAUGAGAUGGCAGACGAAGAGACUCUGAGGGAGGAGGAGGCGCUGAGACAAAAGGAGAAGGAGUUUGUGUGCGACGUGGUGGAGGUCGAGCUGGGGGACGAAGACAUGGAGGACGAAGAGAUGGAGGAAGGAGCCGAGGAGGAACAGGAAGCUGCUGGCGUGGAAACGGAAGACUGUGAAGCAAAUACGGACAAAAGCAUCAGGGAGGGGUCUGACGGCAUCGAACCCACGGAGGAAGGAGAGGUGGUGACAAACGCCAAAUAAAAAAAGGAAGCGAAUUCUCUUUGGGACAGUUGGAAUGUGUCGAUCAUAGAAGACGAGUUAAGACAAAGCCGCACCUUGCCAUCAGAAGGACAGACUUGGCGGUUGCCUGAUUUUAACGGUCCACCACUGUGUACAAAAACCCAGGUGUGCCUGAACUUGAAAGAAAAACAGAAAAAAUAACAAAACAGUGACUUUUUUUUUCUUUCUUUUCUUGUGAAAAUUAACUAUCAGUGUUAAAAAAUUGUUUAUAGAAGUACAGAUUUUAAAGCGCGAAACUCACCCAUCAACUUGUUAGACUUGUUACUGAGACAUCCCAGGUUGUUUUGUCCGUCUGUUUUGUUUUUAUUUGGUCAGUGUUACUAAUCUUGUUCUUGUUUUGAAACGUUUUAACCUGUAAAGAUGAGAAAGAUUUCUAUACCUUUUUAUUGCCAAUGAAGUUUCCUAAAUCAGUAUUUUAUUGAGUUCUACGAACAAAAACCUGCACUACAGUAUUCCUGGUUUACCUAUGGAUACAUGCCUCAUGCAUUGUAUGCCCUUCAGUGUUAUAUAUGUUCACUAGCUCGCGAGAUGUCGAUCGUGUUAGUGUUAGUCUUUGCUAGCUAGCGUUACUUUUUGUUUUCAGUUUGACUGUUAGCCUUAAGGAAAACAAAGUAUUCUUGGGGAGGGGCGUGGGCGGGGGAUGGGGAGUCUGGGAUGAGAACGUGGCUUCUGAACGCCAUAACCAAAUUAGUCCUAUCAGGGAAGGUAGAGUCACAACCUCAAAAGCCAGCAUCGGGCACCUGUGUUUCACAACCCGGCGCGGCCCGGGCGAGUGGAGUCCAGGUGGAGACCCCACCCGCUCGGCUUCACCCGUGGUUCCAAAACGCACGAACCCGAGCUUCUCCUUAUUUUUGGGCUUAAGUUGUCAGUCAGUGUUUGUGUGUUGUUGAUGUGUCCGUCAUACUGUACGUGAAGGAUCAGGGCUCUUUCCUGCUCCACCCCAAUGCCUCCAGCCUUAUGCAAGACCUGUGUGCUGUUAAAAGUGCCAUUGAACAGUGUUAUCGUUUCUUCUUCUCACAUGUAGCCAGUAUUAAGUCCCUUUGUUACUUCAGCAAGACCCAUAUUAACUAAUGUUUGUUGACCUCGCACAGAACAACACAUCUAGGUCACUGUCCUUUAAGAAAAUAGUUCCUGUGAAAGUGAUGCAAGUAACGUUUGGAGGCCUUGAACACUAUUUGAACCGCACCUGAAGGGCGGGGAGAAGUUUUAUGGUGGCAAGUAAUUUUUGUUUUUGUUGUUGCUUUAUUAUCGGUGUAGUAUCGGUAUUAUUUUGCUUAUUAACAAUUAAUAGUUUUGUUUGAAAAUGUGAGAAAAUAGUGGAAAAGUGCACGUUAUUAAAAUCCAAAGAUAUAAACUUUAUAAUGAUAUAAAACAGAGAAACGUGGAAUAGGUGGAGGUUUAAAUGAAUCAGUUUAACAAAAAAAAAAAGACUAAUCAAUUCAUUAUUAGAACUAGUUUUUCCAAUGUGAGUAAAAACCGAAGCAACUGUUUCACUCGGUAGAAAACAUGCAACACACAUUCCCCUAAAUAUGCGAUAGAAUAAAUCCUGAGUCAGAUUUUGUUUUUUUAUUAAGAUCCAUGAAUUAAAGUGAAAACAAUUCCUUAAUCAACAAUAACCCAAAAUGUGAUGGGUUCUUCUUUUGGUCCAUGUCCCAUCCUUCCAAGUUUCAAGAAGAAAGUUUCAGUAGUUCAGUCGCCAAUUAAUCAAUUAUCAAAACAGCCGUGGAUUUAAACUGCAGAUUCGAUCUGAAAGUGAUUCGUGUGUUUUCUCUCUACAAAGUUUAAUCUACGUCAAAUGAUACUUAGGCUCCUUAAACCCAUUAAUGCAAAAUCUGUUAGACUUGAUAAUGUGUUCAAACCAGUUUUAGUUUUAUUGUCGUUGUUGCCAAACAGAAUCAAACAUCUAAUUAGUUUAAACUAAAAGAUUUUUAAGCAGAAAUAACAAGUGGUAACUGUUGGAAUUCAGAAAUCAGAAACAAACCCUGAGAAUCUGAUGUUAACAAGUUUUUAAUAAUGCAAUUUAAUGUGUUGCGAAGUGCGUAAUAAACAGACAGUGCUGUUGUUGCAGAUUGAAGCGUUUGCCUGAUCGAGCAGGAAGUUCACUCCACCACGUCGACUCAGACUUUAAGGUUUGAAGUUUAGUUUUUCUCGUGAGACGUGCACUUGUUUUUCAGCAGAGUUUAAGAAAAAGUUGUUUCCGAGCUGCCCCCCACACUUCAGGUGACAAACGUUAGCGAAUGUGGCGUCAAAGUGUUUUCACCUGGUUUUACUGAACAGUAUUAUUUUUGAGUCUGUUUUUCUUUUUUGGUUCAUGUUUCUGUCCAUUCCCCCCCCCCCCCACCCAACAAUGGCAGUAUUAGAACCCUUUUCACAGAAAUAUACCUGUUUAGUUUCUAGCAGACUUUUUUAUAUUUAUGUCUCUUAUUUUUAUAUUUUCUUUUAUGGUUAUUUAUUACACAUUGUAGUGUACAUUACUGUAGUUUGAAUUGAUACAAUAAUAUAUUUUAGUAUGAAAAAUAAUCUCACGACAAACUAAAAAUUCCCAAAAAAAUGUGGUUCUGGGAGCUGAAGUUUGUUUUAACAAAAACGUUUUAAAAAAAAUUAAUAAAUAAAAAAUAACAUGUAUUCUGUAAACAUCUGUUUUAAGCUGAAAAUGAAAAAAGACAGGAAUGAGAAAUAGAAUCUGUUACAUGUGCAUCCGCUCUCUGCGUCGUUAUGAAGCUACUGAAUUCUUAACCUCUGUGAUUUUAAAAGCAUGAGUCGUCGCUGUUUUAAUGAAGGAUCUUGCUAUGAAGACGUUGCUCCUCACUUUUUUUUUUUUUAUUAUUUGGAAGCCAAACUUAGACUCAUCCCGCCGCCCUGUUUUCUGUUCUGUGCCAACUCGCUCCAUCGUACUGUCGAAGGCUGCAUAUUGUUUGUCCUCUACACGCCCUUUGUAAAUCCACUGUCUCUUUUUUGUAUUGUUUUUACUUUAGUUUUGCUCCAUUUUUAUGACUCCCCAUCACAAUAAAAUAUAAGAAAGCA